GCUUAUGUUUCCAGCGGGAUGUGUUGAUGUUGCACUUUACAUGCAAAAAGCGCUCAAGAAGACUGCCAUGAAAUUCGACUAGUUUGACUAUUUGUGCAAUUUCAUCCGAGAACUUUAUACAUUUAAACGUUAUUUUCCCCUGAAUGGAGAAAGUUUUAUGUACGAACCGGUCCACGGGGAUACAAGUUUAUAGCCUGCUGCAUGCAGUCCCUUUGGACGGGUCCUGAGUGGAGUAGACAUGGCUGACCAGGAAACUGGGCCCAAUGGGCUGGCUAAGAGGGCUGCAGCAGGUGCUGCGGUUUUCAAAGUGCGUGAGGCUGCAAUGGCUAUUCUUCAAAACGAAUCUACUGGUAACCUGAAAGUACAAAAACGGAUUGCCCCAUCGACUCCUUUAAUUGUACCAAAACCUUCCCUGAAGCCGUACAAGCGGCCCCCCACUCUGCUAUUGCCACCUUCAUACAGCGCCAACCCAGUUGGAGGAUUUACCUGUGAGGUGUGCGGCCAGAACUUCUUCUCUUUUCCUCAGGUGGUGAGACACAAACAGUUCCACGACGAAGAAAGGCCCUUUCCCUGUGGUGUGUGUGGGAAACGUUUCCUGAGCCGCAGCCACUACACUGAGCACCAGCGGGUUCACACUGGGGAGCGGCCCUUUCCCUGCGACCAGUGUGAGCGCUCGUUCACCACACACCACAACCUGAAGCGUCACCAAACCAUCCAUGCCAAAGAAGAGGCGUAUCGCUGCCGGAAAUGUGGCGUGCUUUUCUGCCAGCGUCACGAGUACCCCGGGGGCAUACCCAGACCCGACCUCGAGCUUCGACCUGGGUUUGAGUCCACAUCCACGAUGCAACCAACACCUCCCAUUCAGGUCACACUCACACCCAAGCAGCUUAAGAAGCUUAACAAGAAGCUUAAUAAGAAGAGCCAUAAUCUCUCAACGAAACAUGAUCAUUCUAAAAUGAAGAAAAAGAGGAGUAGAGUCAAACAUCCAGGCCCAGCAGAGAAAGUGAAUUAUGUGCGUCAAGAGGAACUUUGGCCUGUGUUGUUAACUAAAGGAGAGAAAUUGCAAAAAGUUGCUUAUGACAUUGAGGUUAUUAUAUGAUCCCACAUGAUGAUAAAACAAAAUGGGAUAAUUAGUCCGAUCAUGAUUAAAAAAAUAAAUUUGUUUUGUUUAAUCUCCACCGAUGUGGACGCUGUUUCAGAAAGGAGUUAUACCUUGAAUCACUUGUUUUGCCUCGCAUCAUGAUUUUGGUAUUUAUUCCUUCAUGAGUUUGAGAAAAUAACUUUCCACAAUUGAUCAUGAUUUGGAAACAUUCUGUCAAGCAUUUCAAAUGAUUAACUGUCCUCUGAAAUGUUAUGGUUUCGCUUUUGAGAUCUUGACCAUUUUUGUUGUUGUAUUAGAAUAGAAUAUAGACACUUUUGAGUUAUGAUUCAUUCAGUUGUUUUGAUCCAUUGCCAUGCAAGGGCUAGUGUCCAUGCAUUAUUAAAUGACAUGCUAUUAAACUAGUUAACUCCUCUGAUGUGGCACAUCAAAAUGUAUUUCCAUAUCAAAUGAUGUUCAUCUGCUUUUCAGAUUAUGUUCAUAAAGGCCUGUAUAGGGUUUCUCUCUGGGCCUUAACCAUUGAGUUGUCCAGAAAUUGCCUUCACCAAUUUAUGUAAGCAAAAAUAAUCAUGAUGCAUUGUUGUUGAUUAAUUACUAAAUGUACCUGUCAUAAGAACAAGUGAAUCCCGAUAUCUGUACUCUGUGUAAUGUGGACAGUGUUGUUAAAUUUGGGUAACAGAGUCUAUGUAUGUCGAAAUGAUACGUCUCCAGUUGAAUUCUGCAUAACUACCUCAGGCUGAUUGCAAAACGUAUUUUUAAAAUUGAUAAUGGGAUUACUUACACAUG